AUGGAACUAACACGAACGGAAUUCAAACAAAUGUUAGAAACGACAUGUCAGUCGGUGUUAAAGCAUUUGUUUGACAGAAAAUUCACUCCGGUACAGCGUAAAAUCACACCUAAAGAACAACAAGAUAAUAGUGAAUUAACGAUAUCAAAACAACCGACAAAUCAAUCUUCACAGGAAUUAUUAGAUCGAAUAAUGACUGCUGCUGAAUCCGGUAGAAAUUCUCGUCAUCCGGGUUAUAUGCAAUAUAUGCCAAGUGGAGGUUUAUUACAUUCAGCGUUAUCUGAUCUUGUUGUUUUUGAUUUUGAUUUGAAUUCUGGGACAUUUGGAAUAUUAACAACAGGUGGAACAGCAUCCAACUUAUCGGCUGUCUUGAUGGCUCGAGAUAAGCUUUUGCAACCAAAUAUAUUUCAUCUGGGCUGUGUCUAUUGGACGAAACAAACACAUGCGAGUCGUAUAAAAUCAUGUCGAAUAGCUGGCGUUGCAGAGUUUUGUCUGACUCUCGGCAAUGCUCAAAGUUUUGUUUGA